GCUUCGCGUGCCCAGUCCUAAAACCCUAGCUCGCCACCACCAACCCAAACGCGCGAAGUCACUACUCGGCGGCGGCGGCGAUGGGAAGCGACACGGAGACGGAGAAGAAGAGGACCCCAGUGGCGCUGGCGCCCAUCGCGAAGCCUCUCGCGGGAAAGAAACUCUCGAAGCGAACCCUCAAGCUCGUCCGCCGAGCAUCGGAGGCCAAGUGCCUGAAGCGGGGGGUCAAGGAGGUUGUCAAGAGCAUCCGCCGUGGGAGCAAAGGGUUGUGCGUAAUCGCUGGAAACAUCUCUCCUAUUGAUGUGAUUACACAUCUUCCCAUACUUUGUGAGGAAGCUAAUGUCCCAUACAUAUAUGUGACAUCGAAAGAGGAGCUUGCAACUGCGGGAACCACCAAGAGGCCUACUUGCUGCGUCCUGGUCAUGACCAAGCCUGCCAAGGGGGAGAUCAGUGAAGAGGUGAAGGAGAAACUUCAAUCCGACUACGACCAAGUUGUAACUGAAGUUGCUGAGGUCACGUCAUCUAUGUUCUGAGAACAUUUCGAUGGCCAAAGUGGAGGAUCAGGCAACCUUACUAUGAACAUCUUUUUGUCUGUAUUAUGUAGCAUGAUUCUGCCACCCUAUCUUGCUAGUGAUCAAUGUGUUCUUCCGGGGAGGCUUCAAGCUUUGUGUGUUGCACCCAUGAGCUGUGGAUUACACUUGUCUCAACUUGCUGUUCGAAUGAUGCUUAGAUAAAAUUAGUGCAUUAUGGGUUGUUAAUUUUGUGAGCAGGCCA